AGAAACUGGUAUAAAAGAAGAUAUAAAACAUAGAAGACAGUAUUGAAGCACUGCUUACGGACAACUGCUCUUGAGUCGAAGUUGAAAGCCAUUGGAGUGCCACAAAAAAUUAUCGACUACACGAUGUGGCACAUGCGAAAUGUACUUCUGACAUAUUAAAUAAAUGGUCACAGUAUAAUUCAUUAAAUCUCAACAAAAAAUGUAUACAUUUAUUGUCGUUGUCCAUUUGUUUAUUUCUUGUAGGUAGAUAUGGAUUUUCAUCAAUUAUAUCCAAAAGCAGAGUGUCUUCAUGACAAUUUCGAAACUUUCUGCUUAAAAAUUGACUCCGUGUUUGCAGAUCGCAUAAAGGACCAAUCUUGUAAACAUUUAUUCCAAAAUAUGAUACAAAUGGAUAACAUAAGUGAAAAUGGUCAUUGUAUUGGUAUUUUUUUCCUUUUACAUAGUCUUUUGGUACCGUCAACAAAAACGUUUAAUGUUUCAAAUGGGAAAAAAAUAUGUACUAGAUUUACCAUACGAGACUCUCAACGAAGCUUUUUUAUUGAUGGAAACACAGUAGCCGCUUGUGAAGAAGAAUUGACGAAAAAAUAUCAAACAAGCCUUAAAAUUCAGCCGUUGAUAUUAAUUUCAGGUUCAAUAUUAAAACCAAAAGAAAUCGUGAUUUAUUUUGAAGGCAUAAAAUACCGAAUGCAUUCCGCAUUAAAUGCAAUUGAUAUCUGUUUUAAAAUAUUUUUUGUAUUUAAUUUAGAGUAUCCAAAAGAAUCUUUGUUAGUUUGGACGUUUAUACAAAAGCACUUAUAUAAUAUUUCGACAAAUAUUGAUUGUAGUAGUACCCAA